UAAACGAUGAAACUUCAGAUUUUGAAAAUUUGAAAAAAAUCAUAUGGGAAGGAAUCAAAUCUGAAAACAGACAGUUAAUAAAGUUUGCUCUUUUAAUUGCAUCAGAUGAAGAUAUGCGAAAUAUUUGUGAGAAGUUUUGCAUGGAGAAACCAGAAAACUCUUUCAGCAGUCAUGUUAUUGUUGAAAAAAAUCAAGAUUAAAUUCCAAGCAUUCAUUAAGAAUAAAUGUGAUGUUCUGCGGAUAUGGGUUGGUCGACAACGAAAAGAGCAUUAUGGGGUCGACACAAUAGUUGUUGUCAUAAAUCCACCAAAACCAUCUGACCUGAGUUAUACCUUUUGGGGUCUUCAUUUACUGGUACGUUGCGCCAAUGAGUGUAGCGAUGAAGCAUCGAGGCUGUUGAUUCAUGAUGUGUACGACUCAGCCAGCACUUUGAGUGUCCAAAUUAAAGACAGUGACAUUAAUUCUCUCUUUAGUAAACAUAGCAAUAUUUCGUUGAUAAAUACAUCAAGUGUGUGUUCUAUUGGUUAUUCAAGUCAUCCUCCUAAUAACAGAUCUAGAAUAGAUAGAGUCCCUUCGAUUGUCAUUUAUUGUCAUGUAAAAGGCGUGACCCCGAUCGGGGAAGAGGCAUUUCCAACUGCACUUGAUGGUCAUCGAAUAGACGUCCGCGAAGCUGUUUGUACCUUUGCAGUCUAUCCAGUUCAAAUGAGUCAAGAAAUAAAACGGAAAAUUUGAUGAACAUGACAAAAUCUGGCACAUUGGGUGGUUUUGUUACCCUUCAAAACCCUGAGAGGCAGUGCUUCCUGACAUGUGCGCAUGUUGUUUUGCCCAUAGCUGAACUGACAAAAGAGAAAUUGGGCAAAUAUGCACGGAAAAGAGAAAUAAAAGUUGCUGAUAAACAAAAAAUAAGAAGAGGAAGUGUAGAGAACAUUGAAUUCAAACACGGAACGGUACAUGAAGUGAGCAUAGAUGCUGCUCUGAUUGAAAUAACCGAGCAAGAUCGGAAACCAUGCAAUGGAGAAUUUGCAAAGGUCUACACCACUGAGCAAUUCAGCGGAGCAGGGUUUUCUAAAGAGAACAUGCCAAAUUUCGUAAAAGGGGAGGUGGAGCAAAUUAAAAUGUAUAAUUUUCGGAAACCAGUCCUAAAGAUUGGUGCAAAUACUGGAAUUACAUUGGGUUCUUUAAAAAUUGGACGAAGUUGUGCCCGUAUUUUUGAUUUCCAAGACGUAGUGAUAGAGGAAAAAUUUUCCAUAACACUUUGCAAACAAAUGGAAGUUCUUCCACAGAUUGAUCCUUCUUUAGCAUCUGAUUCAAGAGAACCAUUUAUAGACAUUGGUGACUCUGGAUCAUUCGUCUUUUUUAUUUCACAUGACAAUCCUCUGGUUCUAAGAUGCAUUGGAUUAGCUGUUGCUAAAACAUCAUACGGAUCUUGUAUAAUGACGCCUAUAGACAAAGUUUUUGAUGCUCUUCGUCUACCACAUGACUGUUUAUCGAAAUUCACAAAGGAUGUAGCUCAGAGUGAAAUGUAUCAAAGUAAUUUAAAAGAUAUAUUUAAUACCAUACUGACCGAUGUAUCCAGUAAUAUGGCAACAAAAGACGAUAUCAAAAAUAUAAAUCAAGAAAUGAAGAAAAUAAAUGAAAGAUUGUCAACUACAGAAUCCGAAGUGCAUAUGUUAAAAGAAACUCAAAAAGAUAACGCAAUAUAAAAAAUAUUAAUAAGCAUUUAUAUAUA